AUGUCACUGUACAACUUUUAUUCUGAAAAGAAUAAAAAUAAUAUACUACAACCAACAAAUAGAUUAAAUUCAUCACCUUUUAAAACUAAUAAUUCAAAAUAUAAUGAUCAAGAUUUAGAUGAAUUAGCAAGAGAAUUGGAAUUAUCACCAAGUAAAAAAACAAAUCAUACUACUGCAUCAUUGAAAACAAUGUUUGGUUCCCCAUCUGUAACAGUUUCAUCAUUUAAAUCAACUUCACUUUCUAAUAAGUAUAACAACGAUGAAGUUGAUGAAACACCAAGUUGGGCCAAAAAAAAUUAUAGAGAUGUUUUAAAUAAAUCACCUAUCAAGAAAACAAUUCCUCAAAAUAAUUUAUUGAAUACGCCAAUAUCAACUAACAAAAAUAAUAACUACAUUACAAAUUCUCCAAAUAAAAAUGCAUCUAUUGAAUCAUCAGGUUAUGAAUAUUUAUGUCGUAUUCAAGCUAUAAAAGAAUGGUUAGAAAUAAUAAUAAAUGAAAAUAUACCACAAUCCCCCAUGGAAUUAAUAACAUAUAUGAAAAAUGGGAUAUAUCUUGCAAAAUUAUCCAAUUGUAUAUUACCAAUUAAAAAACAAGUUUAUAUGAAUGAUAACAAAUUACAAUUUAAACAUACAGAAAAUAUUAAUAGAUUUUUUCAAUUGUUGGAUUUUUUAAAUGUUCCUGAUUUAUUUAGAUUUGAAUUAACUGAUUUAUAUGAUUCAAAAAAUGUUCCAAAAGUUUGGUUUUGUUUACAUUCAAUUUGUUAUAUUUUACAUAGAAAUGAUUCAAAUUAUCCAAUUAUUGAAGAUUUAACUAAAAAGCAAUUGAAAUUUUCUGAAGAUGAUAUUAUUUUCGCAAAUAGACUGUUGAUUAAUUCUCCAUUACCUAAUUUUUCAAGUGCUGAUUCAACUGAUGCAAAUGAUGAACCAAAAUAUAUGAAUAAAAUUAUCUCACCAAUUAAAUCAAAACCAAUUGAGAAAAAACCUAAUCCAUUUUUGGAGGAGAAGAGAACCGUUUCAAAAAUCGAUCCCAAAAAAGAAGAACCAACAAGAGAAAAUAAAGAAGUUCCUUCAAGACCAAAAACUUCAUAUGAUAUCAACUUAGAUGAUAAAGAUGUAGACAUUAUCAAAUUACAAUCAUUAUCAAGAGGUGCAAAUCUUAGAUAUUCAAUGUUUGUUAAAAAAAUUAUGCUUAAAUCAUAUGAAGAUGAUUUAACUUAUUUUUGGUCAAUAAUUAGAGGUAAUUUUAUUAGAUCAAAAACAACUCAUAAACAUAGAGAUGAAUUAAGAGGUUUUACUUUUGAAAUUAUUGAAUUACAGUCAAUUAUUAGAAAAAAAUUGGUAUCAGUUAAUAAACCACAUUUACUGGAAAAUCAAAUUAUAAAAUUUCAAAGUAUAUGUAGAGGUAAAAAAAUAAGAGAAUCGUUUUUAAAUAUUAAACAACUGAUUGAAAUAAAUCAAUCUAUUGUAAUUGGUUUGCAAUCUGUAAUUAGAAUGAAUCUUGUUAACAAGAUUGUAAAAGUAUUGAUUUCAAAACAAAAUAUAAUAAUGGAACCAACUAUUCAACUUCAGUCAAUUUGUCGUACCAAACUAAGCAAGAAAUUCUCAAAAACUCAAUUUGUUAAUCUUGAAAAAUUAAUUGAAUUACAAUCAAUGAUAAGAAGAGAUUUAGUAAUACAUAAUAUAAAUUAUAAACAUCAUAUUGUUAGAUCUAACAAGAGAAAAAUUACAGAAUUACAAAGUAUAGCAAGAGGUGGUAUAUCAAGAUCAAGAUUAUGUAAUAAUGUUUUAAUAAAUUUAAUUCAUGAAGAUGAUAUUUUAAAUCAAUUAUAUUCUAUUGUUAGAGGUAAUAAAAUUAGAAAAAAUAUUUAUCAUAUAAAAUCUGAAUUAAAUGAAUUUGAAAAAAAAUCAAUAAUACCUGUUCAAUCAUUGUUUAGAGGAGUUUUAAGCAGAUUUAAUAAAGAAAUUUUAAAAGAUGAUGCAUACAAUUAUGUAAACGAAUUUAUCAUAUUACAAUCUAAAAUAAGAGGAAAUAAAAUCAGAGUUGAAUUCAACACAAUAGAUCAAUAUUACAAACAAAAUGUUGAAUAUGUCAUAAAAGCACAAGCUAUAAUAAGAAGAAGUUUAGCUCAAAAUGAUUAUCAAUCAUUAUUAUUAAGUAAUAAUGCAUCAUUAAAAAUAUUAAGAAAAUUUGCACAUUUAUUAUCUCAAAAUGAUUUUGAUUUUCAAGAAGAAAUAAAAUUAUCAAAAGAUAAAGAAAUUAUAAUUGAAAAAUCUAAAAAUAAUGAAAAUUUAGAAACUUCAAUUGAAAAUAUAGAUUUAAAAUUAGGAUUAUUAGAAAAGAAUAAAAUUACAAUUGAAGAAUUUUCAAAUCAAAAGACUUCUUCAUUUAGACGUUCUACUCAUCAAGCUACUGAUCUAAGACAAUUGGAUAGAUUAAAUAAAUCUUCAAGAGAAAGAAUUGAGUUAUAUCAAUCAUUAUUUUAUAUAUUACAAACAAAACCAAUUUAUAUUUCAAAUUUAUUUAAAUCAUUAGAUCAUUCAGUAAAAGAUACAAAAUCUCAUCAAUUAUUACUUGAAGAUUUAAUGAGUUUAUUUCCAAUUUCAAAUUCUUCAAUAAAUCAUCAUAGUAGAGAAGAAUAUUUUUUAAUGAAAUUAAUUAUAACAAUAAUGGAAAAUGAUAUAAAACAAUUAAAUAAUAUUAGUGAUAUAACAAAACAACAAUUUACAUUUUGGAAUGAAUUUUUAUCAAAUUUUAAUAAUCAUUCUUAUCAAAGACAACAUUUAAAAUUAUUAUUUGGAAAAUUUGUUAAUAAAAUUAUCGAUGAUGAUGAAUUAGAUUUUGAAAGUGAUCCAUUAUUAAUUCAUUCAGAUAUAAUAACAAAAGAAAUUAGAAUUCAUGGACAUAGCACCAACAACCGAAAAUUAUCACCUCAAGAAGCUAUUAAAUUACCUGAAGUAUCAUCUCAAUUUGUAUCUAAUUUAAUGAGCUUACGAGAACAUUGUUCAGCUACUAUAACUUUAAUUGAUCAAAUUAAAAAUAGAAUUCCAAUACAUAUAAAAUUAAUUUGUAAAACAGCAUAUUUAUUAUCACAUUCUUAUUUUCCCAACAAGAAUGAAAUUCAACAUUUAGCUGUUGCUGGGGUUUGUUUUUGGAAACAUUAUUUUGGAGCUAUAUUACAAUUACCUCAAAAUUAUGGUUUUACUAAGAAAUUAUCAAUGAAAGAUCAAAGUAAUUUAAGAUAUUUAAAUAGAGUUAUGUUACAAGUUUUCAGUAGGAAACCAUUUAAUGAUAAUUUUUUAAAACCUUUAAAUGAAUAUAUUACAUCUACAACUGAUCAAAUUACAAAUAUUAUAACUAGUUUAAUUUCAAUAGAUGGAGAUAUUGAUAAUAUUUAUAAAUUAAAUGAAUUUGAUGAUAUUAUAAAUACUGAAAAACCAAAGUUAACAAUGAAAAUUAAUUCAAUGAUAUCUUUAGAAAAUAUAAUUUCAACAAAUAUUAAUAUGAUGUCAAAUGGUAAUGAUGAAUUAAAUAAUAUUAUAAAUGAAUUAGAUAAAUUAAUAAAUUCACCAAAUGAUUUAAUUGCUUUAACUGAUUUAUCAUCAAUAACUUUGUACUUAAAUCCAAUUGAUAAAACUGAAUCAUUAUCAAAUUCAAAAACAGAUAUUUUAUUUACACAAGCUAAAAGAUGCUUGUUGUAUAUAAUUAGAGUUCAAGAUGAAGGAGAAGAUUUAUUAGAAUUAUUAAUUUCAGGAAUAACUUCAAAACAUGAACAAACAUUUCAAAAAAUUAUAGAACAAGAACGAUUUGAAGACAACAACAAUUCAAAACCAUAUUUUCAAACAUCAGUUGGAGAUUUAAACACAAUGACAUAUCAUGAUUUAAAAAAAAUGUGUUUAGAAAUUAUAUUAAAAUUAGAAAUAAUGGGAGAAGUUACUAGAAAAAAUUCAUUUCAAGAUUUAUUAAAUCAAAUAGUAUUUGAUAUAAAACAAAAAGAUAAACAAAGAAUCAAGAGAAAAGAACAAAUUGAAAUAUCUAAUCAAGUUAUCAAGAAAUUGAAUGAUAAAGAAAAAUUUUUAACUAAGCAGUUGUCAGAAUAUAAUAAUCAUGUUGAUAAAAUUUUAAAAAAUUCACAAUUAAAACCAAAAGAUAAAAAAAUUUUAAAAAUCAUACCUGUUUUCAGUAAACAAUAUUUUUAUCAUAGAGAAUUAAGGAAAAAAAAUAGAUUCCCAGAAUUUGGAUCAUACAAGCUUAAUAUAAAAAAAUUAAAAGAAAUGAAAAUAUUGAUUAAAAAUUCAUUUAGUAAUGAAUCCAAACUCGAGUUUAUUUUUAGUUGUUAUGAAAUUGGAAAUUUUACAAUUGAAAUUACAAAAAAUUCUAUAGUUUUAAAUGGUUGUUCUCAAAUUUUAACUAUUGAUGAUUUAUUAAAUUUACAAUAUGAAAAUAAUUCAAAAUUAACAAUGUUUAAUGGUAAUAUUAUUUUUGAUUCUAAUUUUUUAAUUGGGUUUAUAUUUGAAAAAUUUUAUGAAUUAAAAAAAUAA